AUGACAUACAAGAUACCUGGUGAUUUCAAGUUUCCAGAACAGGCCACCUUUGAUGGGUCCGGCGAUCCUCGAGAACAUCUGCUAAGCUACCAAGCCAAAAUGCAAGUUCUGGGAGUCCGGGACCCUGUCAUGUGUCGUGCCUUCUUACCUACGUUAAAAGGCUCGGCACAAAGAUGGCUGGUGGCACUGCCUCCGGGGUCUAUUCACAGUUUUGAAGAGCUAGCCGAUCAUUUCAUGAGCCAUUACGCGGCCAAUAUCAAACCACAGAAGGAUCUAACGCAUUUGGGAGACGUCCAUCAAGAAGAAGGUGAGUCCUUGAAAACCUACCUGGCCCGCUGGCAGAAAGAAAUUCAAUCUAUCGAAGAGGUCGAGGACCAGACUACGCUCACCUUCUUCAUCGAGUCCUUGCGAUCCGGUCAGCUAUACCGGGACCUGCGGGAUAACCGCCCGGCCACCUACGCGGAAGCCAUACACAUGGCUAAUAAGAGGGCUAACACAGAGCAGGCCAUGAAGCACAAACGACAGUGCGAAGUCGGAGGAUUCGCCAGCGGAAAGAGAACCCGAGCGGAAGGCAGGGAAAGGCGUCCGAAAAUGACUCGGCAGCCCGAGGGUAGACGUCCAUAUGAUAGGCCCGCCGUACAUCCCUAUAGAUCGGUUCCUGAGCGUCCAGUGCAUGAGGUACAAGCAGUCGCUCCGCCUGCACCUCCGCCGACUGACGAUUGCGCAAUGAACUAA